UAGAGCUAAGGAGAAAAUAGGAGAAUGCACUGUAGGACCAUUGGAAAAGUUACUACAGUGUUUCUCAACCUUUUAUAGUGCCAAGGACCGGCAAGCUAGAUAGUUUCCUCCUUUAGGGAAAACUUACAUUUAAACUAGCACAAAAAAAAUGACAAAAUCAGCAUCAGUUAGCUGAACAUCUCAGGGACCGCUAAGCAUCAUCCCAGGGACCAGAGGUGGUACUUGGGCCGGAGGUUGACAAACACUGGGCUACCAGACUACAGGAAGUUGUUGGUGUGUUUGAAAAGCAGGAAUGUUGUUGAACACAGCCUCACCUCGGAAGUCUUUUAGCGUCCCCAUUAACAUCAACCUGCAGGGUGCACGGAGGCGACAGACACGGGAGAUCUUCCACCCGUCGGCGGCGAGGGAGCAGGUGUGGCGGCUGGGAGAUUAUGGGUGCGGAGGGGAAAGGGCCAAGGCCCAGGUGACAGCCUCCAGUGUGGGGGAGGACAGAGCCAUGCUCCUGGGCUUCACUAUGAUGGCCUUCUCUGUACUCAUGUACUUUCUGGUUGGGAUCACUCUGGUCAAACCCCACCUAAACAGUGACUGGCAUGAGGAGGCCAGCUGCUUGCUGGUCCAGGUUGAUGUUCUGGAUGAGUGGGCCGACUGCAGAGGGGUCAGCACUGCCCCAUGCCUGAAGGUUCUGGUCAACCUCAGUACCUCUGGACAGAAGGCUCGCCUACACUAUGAUGAAGAGUCUGUACUCCUCAACCCUGAGUGUUUCUACAUACCCAAAUGUCAAGUAGACAGGAAAGUCCUUGUGGACGAAGUGCAGAAAAUCCUAAACACUUUGGAGGAGAUACAAGGCAGUGCGUUGCGUUGUCUGUCCGACCCCAGAAAAUAUCCAAAGGACACCAUUUUGAAGAGGAAGUACACGUUAGACCUAGUCCUGUGGUCUCUGCUGUGGCCCAGCUUGAUGCUGGGCGUGGGAGCUCUACUGGUUGGCCUGGUGAAGCUCAACCAGAGACUGGCACACCUCUGUACGGAGCUGGGUAAUGAGGCAGCAGAGGGUAGGCUGACAACGAUGACGAAUACCCAGGGCAAACUCUAUCAGCUCCUUAGGUGGUCUGGACAGAACUCGCCUAUGCAGGAGGACUCAGUGAAGUGA